UCAAAGGCAGAGAAAAGCAUGGUUGGGCUUUGUUUUAUUUUGUAGUAUAAAAGGUUGAAAGAAUUGUACUAACAACUAAAAUACGUAGAGAAUCCCUGAAAAACCCUCUCUGAAUCUGAGCCACCACCAUGGAUAGCCUCCUCAGCAUGAAGGACUUUGAAUUAGAGCCCAAGAAUCCCUCCCCCGAAGCCCUCCGCCGCUGGAGAUCCGCCGUCAGCUUAGUCAAGAACCGCCGCCGCCGAUUCCGCAUGGUCGCCGACCUCGACAAACGCGACCAAGCUCAACAGAUUAAGCACGGUAUCAAGGAAAAAAUUCGGAUUGCUCUCUAUGUUCAAAAGGCAGCAUUGCAAUUCAUUGAUGCGGGUAGUCGAGUUGAAUAUAAGCUACCAGAAGAGGCAAGACAAGCUGGUUUUGGCAUUCAUCCCGAUGAAAUCGCAGCCAUUGUUCGUGGACAUGAUUUUAAGAACUUGAUGAAUAUUGGCGGAGUUGAAGCUAUUACAAGGAAACUUGCAGUCUCAGUGGAUGAAGGUAUCAGUGAAGAGAGUAUAGAUCCCAGACAAAAGGUUUAUGGAGUCAACCGUUAUACAGAGAAACCUUCUAGAAGCUUCCUGAUGUUUGUGUGGGAUGCACUGCAGGACUUAACUCUAAUCAUUCUUAUAAUUUGUGCUGUAGUUUCUAUUGGUGUAGGGAUCGCUACUGAAGGGUUUCCAAAAGGAACAUAUGAUGGUGUAGGAAUCAUACUUAGUAUUUUUUUGGUUGUCAUUGUUACUGCUGUCAGUGACUACCAGCAAUCCCUACAGUUCAGAGAUUUAGACAAAGAGAAGAAGAAGAUCUUUGUUCAUGUCACCAGGGGUGGAAAAAGGCAGAAGAUCUCAAUAUAUGAUAUAGUAGUUGGUGAUAUUGUUCAUUUGUCGACCGGAGAUCAAGUUCCAGCUGAUGGGCUGUAUAUAUCAGGAUACUUUUUACUUAUAGAUGAAUCGAGUUUGUCAGGUGAGAGUGAACCUGUAAAUGUGAAUGAAGAAAAGCCUUUUCUUCUCUCAGGAACCAAAGUGCAGGAUGGUCAGGGGAAGAUGUUAGUUACAACAGUUGGUAUGAAGACUGAAUGGGGAAAAUUGAUGGAAACUCUAAAUGAGGGUGGAGAGGAUGAGACACCAUUGCAGGUGAAAUUGAAUGGAGUUGCUACAAUUAUUGGUAAAAUUGGUUUAUCUUUUGCUUGCUUGACAUUCGUGGUGUUGACAAUCAGAUUUCUUGCUGAGAAAGCAAUUAAUGGUGACAUAUCAAGUUGGUCUUCAAAUGAUGCAUUGAAGCUACUGGACUUCUUUGCUAUUGCUGUAACCAUAAUAGUGGUUGCGGUUCCUGAAGGAUUACCAUUGGCUGUGACACUCAGUCUUGCUUUCGCUAUGAAAAAAUUAAUGAAUGACAAGGCACUUGUGAGACACCUUUCUGCCUGUGAGACUAUGGGUUCAAGUAGUUGCAUUUGCACAGAUAAGACAGGGACAUUAACCACUAACCAUAUGGUAGUCAAUAAAAUAUGGAUAUGCGAAAAAGCGACGCAUAUAAAAGGUAAAGAGAGUGCAGAUGAACUGAAAACAACUAUACCUGAGGGAGUACAAAGCAUCCUUUCUCAGGCUAUAUGUCAAAAUACAUCUGCUGAAGUAGUUAAGGAUAAAGAUGGAAAUAACACAAUAUUGGGAACUCCAACAGAAUCGGCAUUGAUGGAAUUUGGCUUGCUUUUAGGUGCUGAUUUUGAUGAACAGCGUAGAGUGUAUAAGAUACUCAAGAUUGAGCCUUUCAAUUCAGUGAGGAAGAAGAUGUCUGUGCUUGUGGCUCUUCCGGAUGGAGGAGUCAGAGCUUUCUGCAAGGGUGCAUCAGAGAUAAUAUUAAAAAUGUGCAACAAAAUCAUUGACCACAAUGGAGAAGUUGUUGACCUUCCUGAAGACCAAGCAGAUAAUGUAACUGCUGUUAUAAAUGGCUUUGCCUCUGAAGCUUUGAGAACUCUUUGUUUGGCUGUCAAAGAUAUAAAUGAAACCGAAGGGGAUAUCAAUAUCCCUGACAGUGGCUAUACUCUGAUAGCCAUAGUAGGAAUCAAGGAUCCUGUACGCCCUGGGGUAAGGGAAGCAGUUCAAACUUGUUUAGCCGCCGGAGUAACUGUCCGGAUGGUCACUGGUGAUAACAUUCACACGGCCAGAGCUAUAGCUCAAGAAUGUGGUAUACUUACUGAGGGUGGUGUAGCAAUUGAAGGACAAGAAUUUCGUAACUUGUCUCCAGAGCAAAUGAAGGAUAUUAUACCAAGAAUUCAGGUGAUGGCACGAUCCUUACCACUUGACAAGCAUAAGUUAGUAACCAAUUUGAGGAGCAUGUUUGGUGAGGUUGUUGCUGUUACCGGCGAUGGAACCAACGAUGCUCCAGCAUUGCAUGAAUCAGACAUUGGACUUGCCAUGGGCAUAGCUGGAACAGAGGUUGCAAAAGAAAAUGCUGAUGUGAUUAUAAUGGAUGACAAUUUCACCACCAUUGUCAAUGUUGCCAAAUGGGGAAGAGCAGUGUACAUAAACAUUCAAAAAUUUGUGCAGUUCCAGUUAACGGUUAACAUUGUUGCUCUGGUUAUCAACUUUGUUUCAGCAUGCAUCACAGGAUCUGCACCACUCACAGCUGUGCAGUUGCUUUGGGUUAACUUGAUUAUGGACACAUUGGGUGCAUUAGCCCUUGCUACUGAACCUCCUAAUGAAGGACUUAUGAAAAGGCCCCCAGUUACAAGGGGAGCAAGCUUUAUAACCAAAACCAUGUGGAGGAAUAUCAUUGGUCAAAGUAUAUAUCAGUUAAUUGUCCUUGGAAUUCUAACCUUUGAUGGGCUGAAGCUACUCAAUAUUAGUGGUCCAGAUGCAACUAAAGUGCUCAACACCUUGAUAUUCAACUCCUUUGUAUUUUGCCAGGUGUUCAAUGAGAUAAACAGCAGAGACAUGGAAAAGAUAAAUGUAUUCAGAGGCAUGUUUCGGAGCUGGAUAUUCUUGGGGAUAAUUUUCGCGACGGCGGUGUUUCAAGUGAUAAUAGUUGAGUUCUUGGGAACUUUUGCCAGCACUGUCCCUCUAAACUGGCAAAUGUGGUUACUCAGUAUUGCAAUUGGUGUAGUUAGCAUGCCGCUUGCUGCUAUAAUCAAGUGCAUUCCAAUUGAAAGAGCUUCUGCAAUUAAGCAUCACCAUGAUGGAUAUGAGGCACUGCCUUCUGGUCCUGAACUAGCUUAAAAUGUCAUCAGAAUUCGGUUGUCUUCCAUCCUUUUCAUUUUCACAACUUUGGUGUACUAAUUUUUAUUUUUCUUUCUCUUUUCCCCUCUUUUUGGGGAAACUAAUCUCACUAAAAGAAAGUGGUUGAACAUUGACAAGGUCUAACUAUACCCUACAGUGUCAUUAAUGCAGUUAUUUACUAUUUGGAGAAAUUUUCAGUUGCUCUUGGUCACUGAAUGUGCAUCACCUUGUGAAAUAUUUGACAAAUUUAUUAUUUUAUUUGUAAUGGUGAUUCAGGCCCAGUGAUACUUAGCAUGGAAAUUCUAUCUCUAAAGGGUUUUGAGAAAUUGUCUGAUACACUCGAUACAUGACAUAACUAUUUUUAUUUAUAUGAUUAAAAAAAGGCUUGAAAACA